CCUCCACACUCCUCGUCUCUGUGCAUCCAUCCCGUCCACCGUCUGCUGUAUCCAUCAUGGUCGCCUGGAAACUCUCAUCCCUGCUCCUGCUCUCAUUGAGAGCCCUCAAUGCCUUCGCGGUUGAGGUUGAGAACGUCAAGGAAGUGCCCGAAGCACAGACACCGAAUCUGAACGUCAAGAUCUCGGCUUCGUUCCCCCAGUCUGAGAUCUUUGGUAUCAAGCUCGUCAAUGGACAUGCCACCGAAGCGCGUCUGUCCAUCUCCAACAACGAGCCAAAGCCCAUUGGCGUGAGCAUCGUUGGCGGGUCGUUGCUCAAGGAGGUCAAUGGCCAGUCUCAGAUUGUGCGCAACCUCACGUCGCAGAAGUACUCUAUCGAGAUCCCUGCUGGCGCAGAGGAGACUGUGCCAUAUACCUUCACCACGGACCUGCACCCACAGGACCUCCGUCUUCAGCUCAACGCUGUUCUAAGGAACUCUGAGAACGCCAUCUUCACCGUCGCCGCCUACAACGAGACUGUGACCGUCGUCGAGAGACCGACGAGCGUCUUCGAUCCUCAAAUUAUCUUCCUUUACCUUGUUCUUCUCGGCGCCUUCGCUGGAACUGUCUACUUCAUCUACAACACCUGGAUCACCACCUUCUUCCCCCAGAAGAAGGGCCGCGGCAAGGGUGGCGAGCGUGCCAAGAAGUCAUCCCAGGGCUCCAAGAAGGUCGAUCCCGCUGAGCAGAUUGCUGUUGUUGGUGCCGAUGGCCCUGCUGUCACCUCUAGCGCAAAGUACGACGAGAGCUGGAUCCCCGCUUCUCACCUGCAGCGCCCUGAGGCCAAGCGCGUCCGUAGCGGCACCCCCAAGGUCAAGCCGAAGGCUUAGACUUUGAUCGAGGCGGGACAGUUGUCUGGUUGGACACUUGCAUACAGCGCAGUGAUUGGAGGGUGCCCCUUUGGAUACUGCUAUCGCGAUGUGGUCUCUGUUCGGACAAGUUGGUUGGACAUUUAGCUGAUGAUGCUAGCACCAGCCUGCUGAAACAGGUAUAG